AUGGCUUUUAAGAUCGUGGUUCUGUUCGCUACCCUGGCUUGCGCCAGCGCCGGUUACGUCGAACCGGAACACCACCAUCUGUCGUACGCCGCGGCACCGGUGGCGCACUACUCCUCUGCUCCGGCUGUGAGCUACAGCUCCUUCACUCGCCAGGAUUCACCGAAAUUGGCCGUUGCCAAGCACGUCGCUUACGCUGAACCUGCGGUCCACUAUGCCGCUCCGUUGACGAAGACGUACGCCGUGCACGAGCCUGCUCUGAAGACGGUUGUCGCUCAGCCAGCUUACACCAAGACCGUGUACGCUCAGGAACCAGCCCAUGUGUACGCCCAUGCUGCCCCGGUGGUUGCUGCCAAGACCGUCGCCUAUGCUGCACCGCAGGUGCACUACCAGGCACCGUUGGUGAAGAACGUCGAGUACACGAAGACGCUGGCCUACGCACCGGUUGCUAAGACGCUUGUCCACGAGCCAACCUACACCAAGCACGUUGUUGCUGAGCCGGCUUACACGAAGACGCUCCUGGCCCAGCCGGCUUACACCAAGACCGCCUACGUUUCGCAGCCGGCCUACACCAAGACCCUGGUUGCUGAGCCUCAGCCACUGUACCAUCAUAGCACCCCGGUUUACGCGCAUGCCGCACCCGUUGUGGCCGCUAAGACGCUGAGCUACGAACCGGCUGCUCAUGUUUCGCACGUCAGCUACGCCGACAACAGUGCCCAUUACGCUUGGUAA